AUGGGAAAGGCACUUUACCCCCUUCAAGCAGAAAUAACUGCAUUCGGUGAUCGCUUGGAGAAGAUUGAGCACCAUCUGAAAUUAAUUGAAGAUCACCUCGUAAAUUCGCCUAAAGAGACUACCCCCGCAAAAUCAACAAAAGCGUGUUCGUACGCAAGUGUUGCCUCAUCAUCUUCAUCUCCCGAUCCUGUGGCUAUUGCCAUCCAUGUAAAGGCUAUUGAAGAAGACCGCAUAAACCAAUCACGCCAGAAGUGCUUGCUGAUUCAUAAUAUUCCUGAGCAAAAUUCUGACACUGCUACUGAAAAAUUCGACUCAACUAUUGCAAAUGACUUAGUAAUUUCUGCAAGCGUCAAACGAAAUUCUGUGAAGAAGGUUUUUCGCAUUGGCCGGAAAGUAUCGGAUCGAUCAAGACCAUUGAAAAUCGAGGCCGACUCCCUCGAUACUUCGAAGACUCUCGUGCGACAUUUCGGAAAGUUUCGCAACACUCGGGAAGGCCUAAAAGAUUGCAAGGUUCGUCUGGAUUAUUCGGAGCCAAUUCUAGAAAUAUAUCGAAAUGUAUGGAAAACGGCGCUGGAGCGAAACACGAAAGAAGGUGUGAUGCGUUGGAUCGUGUCGGACGAUGUAAAGCUCGUCGAGAUCACGCAAAAUCGACAGCCAUACGAAACCCGUCGCGGAACACCCAAAAGCAACUAG